AUGUCCAACAGGGUCGGCAUGGCGUUCGCACAUCCCGUCGUGACAUCCAUGUUCUGCAAGCUCCAGAUGCCGUACGGCCUCUCGACGCCGGUGCUCUCCCUCGCCACCAAAGCCCUGUCGCCCAAGAACGCGGCGCGCGCCAGCCGCCUGAUCGGCCGCGUGAAGGCGAACCGCGCCGCGCUGGUCGAGGCCCUGAGCGAUGAGAACUUCCGACAGCUCGGGGUCGGCCCGCUGAUUGGGGGGAACCAGGCGAACUAUGUGGUUGUGCCGAUCCUGUCAAUUGGAAAGGAGAUGGCGAAGCGCGAUGAUGACCGCGCCAGGGCGAUUGAGGCGAGAUUGAGAGAGACGCAUCGGGUGGGUGUGCGGUAUGUCGGCAAGGCGGUGCAUUGCGAGGCGUGUCUGAGGGUGUCGGUGGGCACGGCCAAGGAACAUAAGGCGUUUUUGAAGGCAUUUGAGGAGGUGUUGUUGGUGGUUUAG